GGCGCGCGAGGUAGUGAUGCUCGCUCACGCUGGACUCAGUGUCAGAGAAAAGGAGAAUCACGACGAAGAUGGUCUCAAUACGCGGAGUUCCCCUCGCGGAUAGCCUCUGUUGGUACUGAUUCGGAGUGUUCUCCCGGAUAACUCUGCUUCGAGGAGUUGCUUCAUGUUCGGAGUGAGUAAAAGCUCUGCUGCAGGACUGUCUCAAGAAAGACUGAAGAUGAUGCUAUGAAGACCACCAGAGAUGACUGAUGUGGAACCUGUUGUCUCUGACUUUGAAGCCACGGGCAGGACUGGCCGGCGGAAUGCAUUGCCAGAUAUUCUAGGUUCCACGGACGGUCCUGGAGCUGCUGACCUACCUGAUAAACUAGCCGAGCUUUCAGUAGGAGAUGAUGGCGAACAGGGCGGAGAGAGCUCAUCCUCGUCCGACCCACCUAAAGAAACCACAGAGGGGGCAAAGACAGAGGGCUCAUAACUCGGCAGUGAUCUGACCUCAUGAGAGACUCACACAUGACCUGCCUCUACUCUUGUCCCAUUGACCAAACAACUGUUACACUCUGUGCUAUGCAACAUUGAGACCACCUAUGAUUGGCAUUCAGACGUGGGCCAGCGGGAAACAGCUCAUUCCUAUUACAGGAAUUCAUCUGAAAUUGUGUUUUUCAAAUAUCAACGAUUGUUCAUUUCAUACCUCUUUUCCCAAAGACUCGCUGUCAUGAUUUUCCUAACGACCGGCUGUUUUGUGUGUCUUCUGAAAACUGAUGUGACCUGCUUUCCCAUUUUAAAAAGGAACAUUUUGUUUCAGACUUUCCAUAAUAGCAUUUUUCUCUGAAUGUUGACAUGCAGUGGCAAAAAUUUCUCUUUUUGCACAAAAAAGUAAAUACAUUCCAUUUGGUGAUGUAAGUAAAGUUUUUUAUCUUACGAUAUUUGUCUGUCCUUGUACAACACCACAUCUUCUGUGUUUUGUAUUGUAAAGAUAUGCAUUGUUAACAUUCUAGCCAGAGGAUAAGAAACAGUGCUGACUAACAUGAAAUAUGAUAUUUUCUUCUUGUAAAUACAGAAUUGUACAUUAUAUUUGCUAGUUUUGUUUAAAAGCCUUUUGUUUUGUGCGUAACUGCUGUCAGUGUUGCCCUGCGUGAGCUGAAAUUGGAUUGUUAGCUGUCUGACGUAUCUGCAAACAUCCGUGGUCAUCUUAAGUGCUUGUCUCAGAUAUUUCUUUGCUGUUGUUGAUGGCAGUGAAAAAAUACGAUUGUGGAGACUUGUUGUUCUUCCUCUCUUUCAUCUUUUCAUCAUGCUUCCAUCAGAAAAUUACAUUUGAUUUCAUUUUUAACCUGGCCAUAAAUCUUGUGUCAUUUUGUCUGUUGUGAGCUACAUAUAAAAUGCCAUUAUGCUAUGUUUAAAAACUACAAUAAAUCCUGUGCUUAGUUUUUGUAGUUUUAAUUUUUUGGACUGUGGACCAGUGGUGGUGGUUUAUGUAACCAGCAGAGGACACCAGAGAUAUCUUUUAUAAUACAAGGGCACAAAAAAAAUCACAAUAUUCCAGUAGAUUUUAUUUUGGGGAAAA